AAGCGCUAGGACCUGCACGGGACUGUUUUUGUUUGUGACGUCGGCGCGUGGGGAAAUGUAGCGGGUGUAUCUUUGCAGGAGGAAGAUGUAAGAGGUCGGAUCCAGCCAGCUGUGGCCUGCAUCUAACAGCAACAUCUGGCCGGGUCAGAGAAGGCGCCUGAACAGCCAGUCCGCCAGCUCUGGACCAUAGCGUGGAGGGUAUGGAGGAGGGCGAUGCGGAAGGGGAAGGGCCCAUGGUGGUCACAGAAGGGCCCAGCAGUCAGGGCCUCCCCAUGGAUACCACCACCAACCUCUUGGCUUCUGUCAAAGAGCAGGAGCUCCAGUUUGAGAGGUUGACUCGAGAGUUGGAAGAGGAGCGGCAGAUUGUAGCGAGUCAGCUGGAGAAGUGUAUGCUGGGAGCGGAUUCACCGCCUGGAGACAGUAGCAGCUCGUCUGAGAAGUCCUACGCAUGGAGAUCUGCAGGUGGAGAGUCUCAGGGUGGAGCCAAUGACAUGCCUGGAUGUCCCAGUCGCCACCUGGAGGCGGAGGAAGGACUCUACCUGCCCGAAGUGGACCGCGUUUCCCUGCAUGACAGUGAGGGCUCAGGAGGUCACUCAGCCCACAUGACCUCGUAUUCAGACAGCGGCUACCAAGACAGCAGCGUUAGUUACUACAGCAACCAGAAUGUGGUGCGUUCGGAGCCCCGCGCCUCCAUUUCCAGAAGCCCAAGAGCAGAAGGUCAAGCCUCUGGGCAGGCGUCCAGUCGAGUGUUACGGAGGAUGGCCUCCCUCCCCUCCAGGAGCCAGUCCCCCGGCUGCGGCACCACUGGAACGGUCUCCCCCUCUCGCAUCUCCAUGCGAACAUCUCAAGGCAGCACGUACGACUCACCCAUCCUGUCUGAGCCCAAACCGUUGGCUGCCAUUUUUCCGGGCACCACCAUGCCGCCGUCCUGCCUGUCGCCAACUUCCCCGACCGAUGCCACUCAGGUUCUGGGAGGUGGAGGGGUUGGCGGACGCCUUGGCUCAACCCUAUCUUUGAUUGAGGGUAGGGCACUGACAGGGUCGCCACUGCACGUGGGGUUAACGGCGGUGCCGCAGCACUAUGGUUCCACGCUGCCCCGGCAGACCCAGUCAUCGGCGUACGGUGCUGAUCCGUACGGCUUGUACCAGAGGAGUGCUCUACCACGCCCCGACAGUCUCAUAGGACUUCACAGCUCAUACGCCGGUCAUGGAGCGCAGAUAGACCCAGAGCUAAGGGCAGCCAUGUCUCCAGACUGUCACAUGACGUCUGUUUUUGAUGAACGCUCGUUCCAAAGCCCCCUCUAUCACAGCCCUACCCACGACCCCCAGGGCACCCUCUACAGGACAAACACAGGUAUGGGGACCCUUCCUCGGACCACAAGCCAUUGCGGCACGCUGCCGUACCAAAGAAGCAGCUAUGGGCUGAACUCAGCAGCUGCGUACGUCGACUCCAUUAGAGUGUCCACUGAGCCCGUCUACUCCCCAAGACACUCCGCGCUGGUGGACCGAGUCAUCACUCGGACCCCUUCCAUUGAGAGCAUCCAUAAGGACCCAAGGGAGUUUGCGUGGCGCGACCCUGAACUGCCGGAGGUCAUCCACAUGCUGCAGCAUCACUUCCCCUCCGUUCAGGCCAACGCUGCUGCCUACCUGCAGCACCUGUGCUACGGAGACAACAGGGUCAAGGUGGAGGUGUGUCACCUGGGAGGAAUCCAGCACCUGGUGGACCUGCUGGACCACAAGGUGUCCGAGGUCCAGAAGAGUGCCUGCGGAGCUCUGAGGAACCUGGUCUACAGCAAGGCCACUGAUAGCAACAAGGUGGCGCUGAGGAACUGCGGCGGCGUUCCGGCUCUGCUGCGCCUCCUCAGGAAAACCACUGACAACGAAGUCCGUGAGCUGGUCACUGGUGUCCUGUGGAACCUGUCCUCCUGUGACGCGGUGAAGAUGACCAUCAUCCGAGACGCUCUCUCCACGCUCACAAACACGGUGGUGAUCCCCCACUCCAGCUGGAGCAGCGUUUCCCACCGAGACGAUCACAAAGUCAAGUUCCAGUCCUCGCUGCUGCUGCGCAACACCACUGGCUGUCUGAGGAACCUGAGCUCAGCGGGGGAGGAGGCGAGGAGUCAGCUGCGCUGCUGCGAGGGUCUGGUGGACUCGCUGCUGCACAUCCUCAGAGCCUGCGUCAACACGUCCGACUACGACAGCAAGAUCGUGGAGAACAGCGUCUGCACCCUGAGGAACCUCUCAUACCGGCUGGAGGUGGAGAUGCCCUCUUCUCGUCUCCUUGGCAACCAGGAGCUGGACACCCUGCUGGGUUUCUCUUCAACAGCCAAGGAGCUGGACUACCUGUGCUGGGGCAAAAGGAGGCGUGGCAGGAAGAGGAGCGGCUGGCCUGAUGGGAAGUGGGAUGGUCUUGGACCGGUCCCAGGUUUCUCCCAGUCGCUGAGAGGAGCGGAGCUGCUGUGGCACCCGAUGGUGGUGAAGCCGUAUCUCAACCUGCUGGCUGAGAGCUCCAAUCCUGCCACCCUGGAGGGUGCUGCCGGGUCCCUGCAGAACCUCUCCGCUGGAAACUGGAAGUUCUCCACCUACAUCCGAGCAGCUGUUCGUAAGGAGAAGGGUUUACCAAUCCUGGUGGAGCUGCUGAGGAUGGACAACGACCGCGUCGUCUGCUCUGUCGCCACCGCGCUACGAAACAUGGCACUGGAUGGCCGCAACAAGGAGCUGAUAGGAAAGUACGCCAUGCGGGAUCUGGUGAACCGUCUGCCAGGUGGGAGUCCCUCUGUGUUGUCCGAUGACACGGUAGCGUCGGUCUGCUGCACGCUGCACGAGGUCACCAGCCGCAACAUGGAGAACGCCAAAGCUUUAGCCGACAGCGGAGGCAUCGAGAAGCUGGUGGACAUCAGCAAAGGACGAGGGAAAGGGUACUCGAUGAAAGUGGUGAAGGCAGCAGCUCAGGUGUUGAACACACUGUGGCACUACAGGGAGCUGAGGAAUCUCUACAAACAGGAUGGAUGGAACUACACUCACUUUGUCACCCCCGUCUCCACUCUGGAGCGGGACCGCUACCGCUCUCAGCCCACCCUACCCACCAGCCCCCUGCAGAUGUCCCCCGUCAUCCAGUCAGGUGGAAGUGCAACAUCUUCGCCUGCGAUGCUCGGUAUCAGAAGACACAGCUCAAACUACCAGAGAGCACAGUCAUCUAUGCAACUUGACACAUAUUAUGGAGACAGUUUACAGAAAAGGCAGUAUACAGGGUUGGAGAAUAAAACUCCAUAUUUUAUUGGGACUUACUCCUCCCAGUCAGGAGAGGACCUAAGAAGAUCCCAUCAUCCAGAGCCAUUCUACGACGAACCUGACAGGAAAAACUACAACAGCUACAGAAUGUACCUGUCAUCUCCGCAAGGUUACGGUGAGGAGCGCUACGAGGACGAACCAGUCCAACUGACCCCGUCCUCACCAGACGGCUAUGCCAGCCAGUCGCUCCGAUUCAAAGCCAACACCAACUAUGUGGAUUUCUACUCUACGACGCGGAGGCCUUCAAACAGGGCAAACAAGUUCACCGGCUCUCCCGACUCCUGGGUAUAGAUACAAAAACGGACACAGUGUGCUUUACAGUGUGUUUCUGUGUGUGUGUGUGUGUGUGGGGGGGGGGGG